GUUUUCUCUCACAAACCGAAGCGAGUUUGACGAAGGCAGAGUUCGUGCGUUCAAUCUCUCCGAGUCCUGCCUCUCUCUUCAUACAGUGAGACCCGCCGCUGAACCGGGAUGGAGAAAACGCUGAAGGACCACCUUGUGGACACCCUGGACGACCUAGACGAAGGGCAGUUUAACAGGUUCAAGGACAAGCUGGGAGAAACGACGUUCCAGGGGCGCAAGAUCGCCAAGGGGAAGCUUCAGAAAGCGACAACCCUGGAAGUAGCGAGUUUGUUAAUCAGCACCUACACCAAAAAGUACGCCGCUGAGAUCACAAUAUUGAUAUUGAGAGCCAUAAAUGAGGUAGACCUAGCCAAAGAGUUGGAAAAAAAAACUGGAGCCGUUGUGAACAUGGUAGGCCUCGAAUCCCCUCCCCCACACGCUGGGGUCCCGGGUGAAGUUGAAGAAGUGAUUGAAGACUCUGUCUCCCUUCUGAGAACCCACAAGGUGCGGCUGAUCGAAGUGCUGUCCAACGACCACAGCCUCGUUGAGCAGGAGGCUCACUCCAAGGGGCUACUCUCCGACAGGAAAUACAAGAAUAUCCGAUCCAUCAACGACCCCAGCGAGAAGAUUGAGGAACUGCUGGACUUCAUCAUGGGCAAGGGCAGCGGGGCGGCGCAGGAGUUCAUAGAGCUGCUCAGGACACUGAAGAACGAUUUCCCCACCCUGCCUGCUGAACUGCUAGGAGUCAACAGGAAUUAGGGCUGGAAGGCAACUUGAAACUCACAUUAGAAAGAUGUGAGGAUUUAUCUGAGGAGCAGCUGAAACAGGAAUUUGAAAAGGUGGGAGGAGACGGUGAAGAAACUGGACUUAAAGGUGUAGAGAAGCGAGACAUUGGAUGAGAUGUUUAUAACACUAUGUAACACAAUUUUUGUUCCUGGGUAGUAAGUGUUAUUUCCUAAUUGCUUAUGCCUCAAAAGUAUAGAAAAUUGCUAUUAUUCCCCACAAACUUUGCUUUUGUGACCAGGACAGUGAUAUUUUGAAAUGUACCUAUUUCCAAUGAGAAAACAGGCGAAUUUGUGUCUUUUCGUUCACAUAAAGUCUGAAAAAAACAACAUAUGAAUCCAAAUUAACAUGUAUUUAUACUAAAGUAAUACAAAAAUGACUACAAAAGAUUUAGAAGUGAGUAGUUUUUCGAGAUUUACGAUUAUUCUGUAAAUCACUUUCACGAAUCAGCACAUGUUUAUUGUUUUACCGUGGGAUGUAUGGGUCUGUUAGGGUUGCUGGUCUGCCUGCAGAUCUUUGUAAUGCAGAACCUGCUGAAAUCCCUAAACAUUGGAGACACAAAACCAAAGAACCAAGAAGGCCUCCGUUUAAAAGAGAUGAUUGGGCAUUCAAUAGAAAUUAAUAGAAAUAUACAUUACAUAGAAAUAAGCAUCCUGUUUAAUACUGUACCGUGCAAAAAGCAAUCCGAUGAAAGAGUAUUUCUUAUAAUAGAAUUGAAUUAAAGAACACAUUUAGAAUGCUGAGGGGUCGGAAUCAUUGUGAAAGAAAUAAUCUAAUCAAAUGCAUUUCCUGUUGUGAAAUAUAUGCAGAGUUAACGUAAUACACUCCACGGCAUAUUAUUUGUAAACUGUAAACUUUUCAGACGAUGUCUCCUGAGGAUUUCUUUCUGUGUCACAUUAAUCAUUUCUUGCUUGUCUGUAUAACUUCACCAGAACGCUCGUUCUUUCUAAUCUCUUCGAAUGUAUGGCAAAUCAAAGUUUAAUAUGUCUGCAAGUUGAUUUCAACAAAUAUGAUCUGUUUAAAAAAAAAAAAAAAAACACCUGUAGAUCUUGUUCCCAUGUCUGCUUUGCACCGGCUGUAUGUGAAUAAAGAGAACUUCUACCCAGA